GCACAACAGACGACACCAGAUCACACGUCCGUCCGGUGGUCGCACCUGAGAAUAACCGAUGGACUGCUUGAGCUGGGGACGCUGCAUUCCUUUGACCCGCCAUCGCCAUCGACAUCUCCUCUUUGACGACUUCUCCUACUGCGUCCCUGACCCGUCUCCCUCUCUUCACUCGCAACCGGAAGACAGCAGCGACGCGGUCCUCUAGGCCAGACCGACGAACGUGCACACAAGACACCAUCAUCGCGACACGCAGACUCUGCCAUAUUGCAAGCCGAAGCACAGCGAUUGGAGUGUGGCCACUACCCAGACAGCGCCACCCACGUGCGCCAUGAGUGAGAAGUAUCAGCCCCCGCCAGGCUACCGGAGGACUCAGUCUGGCUACGAUGGCAGUGAUCAGCAGCAGCAGCAGCAGCAGCAGCAGCAGAGGACAGACGCUUCCGCUGCUCAGCGCGCCUCCUGGGGACUGGGUGGAGCGUCCAGCAGCCAAGCUCGGGGCUCCAAUAAUCCAUAUCGAGAUGCUCACCUGAGUGCUACCCCCGUUCCGCGUCCCUCCAGCAUUGCUUCCUCUCACACACCUGCGAGAGUGCAGGAGCAGUACCAACCGCCCCCAGGUCCGCCUCCGGGACGCCAUCGUAGUCCCAGUCAAGACACGGAAAUGACCACUGACGAUUAUGAGCCUCCCCCAUUCCCGCCACCAAGUCGUGGCUCUCGAGGACCGUCUUCGAGAAGUAGUGCUACCCCCAAAUUGCCAACGCCGAGUAGUGAGCCAGAGCAACCUCCACCAGAGUAUGAUCCCUGGACAGGGCCCGACAACAACUUACAACUGCCGCCAUCCUUCGCCGCAGCGAAUGCACAGAACACACGCAGUCCUGCGGCUAACGCAGACUAUGAUGAUGCCGCUCGAGCACACGCUUGGUGUAGACAGAACCCCCUCUGGCCACCUCAAGACCACGACGGCGGAACUGUAGAACGCAUCCAAGCCGGUGAACUAAGGCUCACCUGUCCUCCCAAUACGACAGAUGUCACACAGUACAACCCAUCUCCAGGCCGAAGCUACGUCCGCACUUCAGAAGCCAUCAGUGACACCAUCAUGUUAUCGGACAUUCCCAUCUACUCCGCCAACGCACAAGCCCCUCUCACCACUGGCCAACCCACGACUCUCUACUUUGAGCUCAAAGUCAUGGCCAUGGGUGACCGUUAUGGAACCGGCAAAAACAUCGAAUCCGGCAUCGCCAUUGGAUUCGCCGCUGCUCCUUAUCCUGCCUGGAGACUGCCCGGUUGGCACAGAGGUUCACUGGGAGUCCACGGCGACGACGGUCGAAGAUACAUCGACAACAGCUACGGCGGCAUCGACUUCACCACUCCAUUCCAGCGAGGCGAGGUCGUCGGAAUCGGAAUGACAUUUAAGCCGCCCGUCCACGGCGAUCGCGUGAGUAUGCGAUGUGAAGUCUUCUUUACGCGAAAUGGCAAGAGAGACAACGGAUGGAGUCUGCACGAGGAACGUCCCAUUGACGCUGAUGCGGGCGACAUUGAUGGGCUGGAAGGUGAACAUGAUCUUCUCGCAGCCGUGGGCGUCUUUGGCAGUGUCGAAUUUGAAGUCGUCUUUCGCAGUGAAGAGUGGUUGUACAAGUUUUGAUUGAUUGAGCGAGAGAGAGAGAGAGAGAGAGAGAGAGAGAGAGAGAGAGAGAGAGAGAGAGAGAGAGAGAGAGAGAGAGAGAGAGAGAGAGAGAGAGAGAGAGAGAGAGAGAGAGAGCAAGAGAGAGACAGACAGA